AUGGCUAAAAAUCUGUUCAUAGUCCCCGAAAUUAGUGAUCAGGGACGGGACCUCGAGGAAAGCUAUGAUGCACUGGACCCAAAGCGGCAGGAUGUCACGGGGGACCAUUUCCUGGAGCUCAUGAUCAGGGACGGCUGCUUCAUGCUCGAGAUCAUGAGGAUCGCUGUAGCGGUAGAGGAGGAGAAGAAUAACCAUGCACCCAGUGACCCCUUCUUCAGCAAUGACUAUGCGCCCAAUGACCCCAUCUUCAGCACCCACAGGCUGGCAUACAUGACGCCGUACAUAAAACGGGACAUGCUGAUGUUGGAGAAUCAGUUGCCGAUGCUAGUGCUGGAACGUCUGGUUGCAGUCGAGAGGAACCGGGAGGGUUACAUCCACGAGCUCAUCCUCAACUUCCACCACCUCAACACUUGCGUCAGUGGGACGAGCAGAUUCCUGCAUGUCAUGGACGUCUUCAGGAAAGGCCUGCUGACGCCCGAGAAGGUCCAGAAUCGGCCUGAGGCUGGUGGCGACGAGAUUAUCCGGUCGGCCACCGAGCUGGACGAGGCCGGGAUCUGUUUCAAGAAGAGCCAUACUGGCAGUCUCGAGGACGUCUCCUUUGGCGAAGGGGUCCUGAGGCUCCCCGUCAUCAAGGUGGAUGACGCCACCGAGUCCAUGUUCCUCAACAUCAUGACCUUCGAGCGCUUACACAUCGGGGCUGGGACCGAGGUCACAUCCUACGUCACUUUCAUGGACAGCAUCAUCAACAAUGAGGGGGAUGUCGCGCUGCUCCUCACCCAUGGCAUCAUCCAGAGUGCCUUGGGAAGCGACAAGGCGGUCGCCAAGCUAUUCAACCUGCAUUGCAAGGAAGUGACGCUCGCAUCCAACAACAGCCUGGACGCCGUGCAAAAGAAGAUCAGCAAGUACUGCGAGACGCCCUGGAACAAGUGGAGGGCUAAUCUCACCCACACCCAGUUCAAGAAUCCUUGGACUAUAUAUUCUCUUGUUUCAGUCUUCUUCAUUUUUGUCCAACUUGAAUACGUAGUCCGAAGGAUCAUCCAGCUUUAG